CCCAUGCUCUUUCUCAAUUACAACUUGCAACCAGGUCCCAAUUAGCUUCUUACAAUUCUACUAUCGCUUACAACUGGCUUCUUCCAGAGUAACACUGCGCUCAUUUAUUGUCCCCUACCUUUUUUCCCCUUAAGAUGACACUUUCUCAUUCUACUGAAAAACCCUUUGCAAAAGAUUUAUCUUAUUUGUUAUCAACUGAGGCUAGAUCCCGUAAUGAGUCUCCUUUGAAAUCUGCUUUCAAAUACUACAGUCAGCCAGAUCUUGUUUUCUUGGGUGGUGGUUUGCCAUUGGCUACCUAUUUUCCAUUCAAUAAAGUUGUUGCUGAAACUGCUUUACCACCUUUCCAAAAUGGUAUUGGCUACGUUCCAACUACUAAAGCUGAGACCAAUGUGGUCAAAAUUGAAAAAAGACUUGAUCCAAAUUCUGAUGUAAAAGAUAUUCCUCUAGCAAGAUCGCUACAAUAUGGUUUCACAGAAGGUCAACCCGAGCUAGUAGCUUUCUUAAAAGAACAUACACAGCUUGUUACAAAUAUUCCUUACCAAGAUUGGACUUUAAUGGCCAACACUGGCAGCACUCAAGCUUGGGAUAACGUUCUUAGAAAUUUUUGUAAUAAGGGUGAUUCUGUCUUGGUCGAAGAGUUUACUUUCUCCUCAGCUUUAGAAGCUGCAAAUGCUCAAUCACUCCACACUAUUCCAGUUAAAAUGGAUGGUUUUGGUAUUAUCCCAGAGGAGUUGGCCAAAUUGCUAGACAGUUGGAACCCAGACACUCCCAAACCAAAAUUAAUCUAUAUUAUUCCCACGGGUCAAAAUCCAACUGGGUCUUCAUUAUCGUAUGAAAGACGAAAAGAAAUUUAUAAAAUUAUCCAAAAACACGAUUUGAUCUUAAUAGAAGAUGAGCCUUAUUAUUUCUUGCAAAUGGACGUCUAUACUAGAGAUUUACAAAAAAGAGAACAACAAAGAAAUAUGACUGUUUCGCAUGAAGAAUUUAUCAACUCAUUGAUCCCUACUUUCUUAUCUUUAGAUGUUGAUGGUAGAGUUAUAAGAUUUGAUUCUGCUUCGAAAACAUUAGCUCCUGGUUCAAGAUUGGGUUGGUUCAUUGGUCAAAAACGAUUAUUGGAAAGGUUCAUUAGAAUCCAAGAAGUGUCUGCUCAAGCACCAUGUGGAUUCACUUCUUCGAUUAUUAACGGUACAUUGCAAAGAUGGGGCCAAAAGGGAUUUCUUGACUGGUUAAUUGGUAUAAGAAAAGUUUACUCUCACAAUAGAAAUGUUACAAUUGAUGCAUUAAAUGAUUACAUGCCAUUGGAGGUUGUGGAUUUCAUACCACCAAUUGCUGGGAUGUUUUUCACUUUUAAUAUCGAUGCGACCAAGCAUCCUAAAUUUGCGAGUGAAUUCAAUAGUGAGCCAUUGAAAGUGGAAAAUGCUAUUUAUGAAAGAGCGUUAAAGCAGGGAUGUUUGAUGAUUCCUGGAAGUUGGUUUGUAAGCAAAGGCAACACUAGUCCACCUCAACGAUAUAUUCUUGAUAAUGAUGUUCAAAACCCCAAGAUUUUCUUUAGAGGCACUUAUGCGGCGGUUCCAAUGGAUGAGUUGGUCAAGGGUAUAAAACGAUUUGCCGAAGCUAUUAAAUUAGAAUUUGAGUUGUGAUUUAUUUUUAUUUUUAUUUUUCUUUAGUAAAAAGUUAAUUCUAUUAAAUAUUAUCUAAUAAAUACUAUCUAAUAAAAUGUGGUUUAAAAAGUUGUAU